UCCAGACACUAUCAAUCUAUAUACUUAAAUUGUGUAUAUACCUACCUAUGCAUUUAUAUUAUGCGUCAGUGUGUCAAAUUUGUACAUAGUGUUUCAAUUUAUUAGAAAAACAAUCUUGUUGUUCAACUCGUAUGUGCAUUCAUCAAAUUGAAGAUAUCAAAUUUAUCUACAAUAAAAGAACGAUAACUCCGCAAUAAUAUGUUUAUAUGUGUAUAUAAAUAUAUAAUAUAUUUUGUACAUUCACGGCAGUCAUCAACUAGAUCAUAGAUGUAUGUUUUUAGAAAUUUGUUCUUCGGAUCUUUUAAUAAAGAAAACGCGAUUUUUCCAAAAUAAGAUCACGCGAUGGAGAGAAACAAACUUUACUCAAGUGACAUGACUGUCAAUAGACAUCUUAAAUUUGGGCGUCAUUUAAAGCAUUUAUCAUUGUAUCAAUUUGUAUUCCUAAUUAGCAUAUUAACUGCGGUGCACGAGAUACUAGCUGAGAGCGAAUUAUCGGGAAUUACAACGUUAAAUGAAUCCACGACCGAAAACGGAAUUGCGUGCGCUGAGCGAUGGACCUGCACAUCGUGUACAAAAGGGAUGACGCCGUUGUGCAGCUGGUCCGUUCCCGAACAAAUGUGCGUGAAUAGCGUUGCGGUAGCAGCGCAAAACCGGCUGGUGAUCACCGACGGAUCGUCCUGUCCAAAGUUUUCAGUCAAAAAAAGCAACAGCACAACAAAUGAUAAAAAUAUAAAAAUUACGGUUAUGGUUAACGACGGUGACAUUGGUUUCGUCAAUCUGUUGGCUAAUAGUAGCGUCAAGUGUCAGCUGAACAACAAAUUCAUCGGGGCCAAGGUGGAAGGCGACCGAAUCUCUUGUAUGUCGGGACCCGUUAAAUCGCACUACAAAUUAAAGUGCUGGGAAUUUCAACCGGUCAUCAGUCAUCUGUUGAUCUUGUUCGAUGACAAGUUUUUGAGAUUUGACGACGAAAACGACCACUACGUGACCUCGUAUCCUAGUGAUUGUCCGACACUCAAUUGCUCACAUUGUUAUCGGAACAACGGCACGCACAGAUUUUACUGCAAGUGGUGUAGUCCUGAUAACAAAACCGAGAACACACCGUUUCAUUACUGUGAUGUACGGAAUAAUUUGAAUUUCACGAAACUGAAUUCCGAUAACAUGCAAAUCAACGAAACGUGUUACGCCAGAAGUCCGGCCGUAGUGAAGACAUCUGUGACGCCGAAAACGACAGUCCAAUCGUACCAGCCCCAACCGGAAGGUGCCGCGGACAACAAUAACAGUUCUCCGACCGUUCCGACAGUGGACGACGGCCAAACAAUCGGCGGUAUCGUAUCUGGCGGCACCACGUUUAUGGUGAAGGGUCGAAGAUUUAGUAACUUGCUGGACAUGAAGGCUUGCGUUUUGAAUAAAACCGCGUGUGGAUACUGUAAUUUCCGUGACGAUACGCUCAUGGAAUGCAAAUCUCCCAAGAUCGUCAUCAACGAUCCGCAACCGCAAUCUGUAAUUGAAACUCAACCGUUGGUGUUUUAUGCUAAAAACUCUAUCGGAAAUAAGAUAGAGUUCGAGUCGAAGAUCAAAUACAACAUAUACCAUGAUCCGGUUUUCACGGAUUUUGUGGUAAACGGUUGCUGUAACGUCACCGUAAACGGUCUGCAUCUUGACCAAGGUUACGCCGCUAAGGACUUGUCUAUUUUACCGGACGCUGAUAACUCGUCGUCCCGUUGCCUGGUCACUUGGACGGACAGUACACAGAUCACUUGUCAGCUGACACAGUCAUCGUUGUCUCAGUUAGACCAACUUCCUAAACAGAUAAAUGUUAAGUUAGGUAAUUAUAAUAGCGUCGUGAACAUAACGAAACAAAAAACCAGUCAUUUCAGAAGUUCGUUGUCUGCGAUAUUGCCAGGUGUCGUCAUCACUAUAGGUGCGUAUGUUUCUUUUAUCGCAGUUUUAUGUGUAGCUCUCAUAUUUUUUAAGUCUUCAAAGAACUAUGACUUAUUACAUUUGCAUGGCCGUCAGCACCUUGCGGAAAUGCGGCCGCUCAACGAAAGUGAUGACUACGACAACAACAGCGAAUCUAAGAAUAUUUUGUCGGUAUGUGAUAAACAUUAGUUUCGUAUUUUGUUAUAAAAAUGAAAUUUAAUUUAUAAACUUUUUUUUAUAUAUAGUAUUAUAUAAUAUUCCAUAUAUAUAUGAAUUUUAAAACAUCAAAUUCUUUGAUAAAACUAUACUUAAAUCUGUAACAAAUGUUUAAAUUGUGUAAAAAAUAUAUGUGUGAUUGCAUAAAUAAUGUAAUACGAAUAAUACUGGCAGAAACUGCAAUAAUUGAAAAAGUCUUGCAUUUACGUGUUUGCUAAAUUUUUUUAGAAUUGCUUGCUUCGUGCUAUGCAGAAGAUGGAUAUCGUAUGCUCGAUAUUAUUUUUAAAACUUUUUCAUUUUUUUUAUAAUUUUAUUGAAAUAUGA